CUGCCUGAUCUUGCAUCAAAUAGCAAAGCCAUAGAGGACUGGAGAGAGAAAAUGCUAGAAUAUCUGCAGUUGGCUAGGCUAACGGGAAGAAUAAGGGAUCAAAAGGAGCAAAAGUUCCAAAAGGAAUGGAAUAAAUUCAUAGAGUAUCUGAAGGAGUAUGGAAAGAUAUGAAACGCCUGUAGGUCAGCAUUACAAAAUGCAACAGUUAUAAGUAACCUUAGUCAAAAACCUAUGUUUAAUUUGUAAGAUAAUUUGUGACGGGUAUAACUUUAGAGAGCGCAAAACUGAAUAAAUGGAAGAAUAAGUCUGAAAGAGAGAGAGGUGGAAGUCGAUCACAAGAGGAGCUGAAUAAAAAUAAUUAUCGAAUGGGAAAGGGAACCAAAACAAAUAAGUUAUAAAACGAAGAUCAUAAAUUGUAACAAUUCUUAGUUUAUUUAAAAAAUGACACGACACAUUUUGGAAAUUGUAUGUUUUUUAUUUAAUUUCUUUCUUGUCUUGUAAAGUUUCCCUCCGAUUCUUGUAGAUGUAUGUACAGAUAAAACAAUAAAAAUGAUUAUGGAAAAAAACAACAAAGUGAAUGAUUUGUGUUCAGCUGUGAACCCAAAGCACAUAUCUACAUGGGGAGGUGGCCUGCUGCAUCUCUGAAUGAGUUUCUUCACUUGCCUUGCUCUCUUCCAGCCUGACCCUGCUGGGUAACUCUACUGAGUUUCUGUGUUGUUGGAUCGUUCAAAUAGCACCUGCAGAGUCGAAGAGCUGCCCGUUGAGCCUCAGAAUGAGUUACUGCUCUAGAACUGGUUUCCCUCCCAGUAAUAAGCCUGUGCAGAACUCUGUCAGAAAUGUGAGGAUAUUUCGUGUUUCUGAAGGUUUUCUGUGUAAAGAUCUUGUUAAUUCAGGCAGGGAGUGGAGCAGGAUGUGGAUUUGGGGGGACAUUAUUCUUAGAUCUCCUGCUCUGCAGAUGCUGCUCAUCUAACUUACUACCACCCUUCUUUCCCUCCUCUUCCAGGAUUUCUUGACGGACCUCAUGAUGUCUGAGGUGGACCGAUGUGGCGAAAAUGAGCACCUUAUUUUCCGAGAGAACACCCUCGCCACGAAAGCGAUCGAGGAGUACCUGAAGCUGGUGGGGCAGAAGUACUUGCAAGAUGCCUUAGGCGAGUUCAUCAAGGCACUGUACGAAUCGGACGAAAACUGCGAGGUGGAUCCCAACAAGUGCUCCUCUUCAGACCUCCCAGAGCAUCAGAGCAACCUGAAGAUGUGCUGCGAGCUGGCCUUCUGCAAGAUCAUCAACUCAUACUGCGUCUUCCCGAGAGAGCUGAAGGAGGUCUUCGCCUCGUGGCGCCAGGAGUGCAGCAGCCGCGGCCGCCCAGACACCAGUGAGCGCCUGAUCAGCGCCUCCCUGUUCCUCCGCUUCCUCUGCCCGGCCAUCAUGUCGCCCUCCCUCUUCAGCCUCCUCCAGGAGUACCCCGAUGACCGCACAGCCCGCACCCUGACCCUGAUCGCCAAGGUCACGCAGAACCUGGCCAACUUUGCAAAGUUUGGCAGCAAAGAAGAAUACAUGUCCUUCAUGAACCAGUUCCUGGAGCACGAGUGGACCAACAUGCAGCGGUUCCUGUUGGAGAUCUCCAACCCGGAGACGCUCUCCAACACGGCCGGCUUCGAAGGGUACAUUGACCUUGGCCGCGAACUCUCCACCUUGCACUCUCUGCUCUGGGAGGUUGUGAUUCAGCUGGACCAGAGCACGGCAACAAAGCUUGGCCCCUUGCCACGCAUUCUGAGGGAUGUCAAUUCGGCCCUCAGCAACCCGUCCUGCGUGCAAGUCUCCAUCACAGCCGAUCAUGCUGCCUCACCGCCCAAUGCCAGCAACAGCAUAUCUGUGGGGCUGCAGAAGAUGGUGAUCGAGAACGACUUAUCUGGGUCUGCGGGGGCCCAGCCCUCACCCGCCCGGAGCUCCAGCUACUCGGAGGCCAAUGAGCCCGACGUCCAGAUGUCCAACGGCAGCAAGAGUCUCUCCAUGGUGGACUUGCAGGACAGCCGGGUUCUGGAGGGUGUGGCCGCCCUCCCGGGGCCGGCCGACCCACUCGGCGACGGGCCUCCCUCCAUCGGGCAGGCCCCGGGCCCCUGGGGCACGCAGACUCAGCAGAACGCCGUGGCCGCCAUGGCCACCGUGCGGCGGGCGGGCCAGACCCCCACGACGCCCGGCGCAGAGGGCGCCCCCGGACGGCCCCAGCUCCUGGCGCCCCUCUCCUUCCAGAACCCUGUGUACCAGAUGGCCGCGGGCCUGCCCCUCUCGCCUCGGGGGUUGGCGGACUCUGGCUCCGAAUGCCACAGCUCGCUCAGCUCCCACAGCAACAGCGAGGACUUGGCAGCGGUGGGCAAGCACGCCUUCGGCAACCCCGUCGCGGUCGCCGCCGCGACGGAGGACUUCAACCGGCGGGCGGGGGAGCUGGCCCGCCGGCAACUCUCGCUUUCGGACAAGGGCGGGCAGCCCACCAUGCCCCGGCAGAACAGCGGGGGGCCCCAGAGGCGGAUAGACCAACCGCCACCGCCCCCGCCGCCCCCGCCGGUGACUCGGGGCCGGACGCCGCCCUCGCUGCUGAGCACAAUGCAGUACCCACGCCCCUCCAGCGGGGGCAUGCUCUCCUCCUCGCCCGACUGGCCGGGCAGCGGGGCACGGCUGCGGCAGCAGUCCUCCUCCUCCAAGGGAGACAGCCCGGAGAUGAAGCAGCGGACGAUGGUGCAUAAGCAGGCCCCUUCUCCUGUGAACCCCAAUGUCCUGGACCGCACAGCCGCUUGGCUUUUGAAUAUGAACGUGCAGUUUUUAGAAGAGGAGAGCAGUGACCCAGACCCCAAGCACAGGGAUAAGAUCCGGAAUAAAGAGGAGUUCGGCCAAGGGGAAAAGCAGUAUCAUCAGGACGCGGUGGCCCUGCAGGACAAGCUGCGCAUCUCCAACAAGAAGCUGGAGGAGUACGAAGCCCGCUUCAAGUGCCAGGAGGAGAACACGCAGAAGCUGGUGCUGGAGUACCAGGCGCGGCUGGAGGAGAGCGAGGAGCGCCUGCGGCGGCAGCAGGAAGACAAAGAGAUGCAAAUGAAGGGCAUCAUCAGCAGGCUGAUGUCAGUGGAGGAGGAGUUGAAAAAAGAUCACGCAGAAAUGCAGGCGGCUGUGGACUCCAAGCAGAAGAUCAUAGACGCACAGGAAAAGCGCAUCGCCUCCCUGGACGCAGCCAAUGCCCGGCUCAUGAGCGCCCUCACCCAGCUGAAAGAGAGGUACAGCUCGCAGACCCGUAAUGGGAUCUCCCCUACCAACCCGACUAAAUUGCAGAUUACCGAGAACGGCGAAUUCCGAAACAGCAGCAAUUGUUAAGCUGGUGGGAGUUGGCGGCUGCUGUUGCUGAGGGAGAUUGAGAGGAGAGGAGAGAGGAAGGAGAGGAGAGGAGGAAGGAGGAGGAGGAGGAGGAGGAGAGAAAGAGAGGACAGCCCGGGCAGAGAGAGAGCAGCGGCGGCAGCAGCAGCAGCAGGAAGGGUGAGCCACCACGUUGCAAGGGUGCUUGGUGCUUCCUACCCGCCCACCGCCCCCCCCCCCCGAGUGGGGGAGGAAAGAGAGAACCCCACAGCCCUCUUUCACCAAAGACGGGGAGCCCCGAUGUCCCCCCAGCCCGACCCCGAGUUCGAGGGACGGGGAGACGGAGAGGAGAUCGCCGACUGUGCGGAGCAGAUCGUUGCAGGGAGGAGAGUCACCGCCCUUUCCUACUUCCUGAAGGACGCGCCUCGGGAGCCCGCUAGAGGCCGAGGGACAAGCUAGCAGGACUUGCGCGAAAGGUUGCAGGACCAAACCGCCGCCCGCCCGCCACGGGCCCAGCUGCGUCGCUGGGGAGCCCUGCCCUGCUGCGCUGGGGAGUUCUCUCUAGCUGCGUCCCGCUGCCGGCCAUCGCCCGUUGCUGCCUCUGCUUUGGGAUUCGCCCUGGCCUCUCCUCACAGGCGUAGCUCAUUCCCCAGGAGGGCCGAGAGGAUGAAUGGAAGCCCCACCUCCAGAUUAUGCUCCACCUGUAGAAGGAGGCAGGGUGUCAGAAUUCCACACAGGCGUCGGGAGGUGUCCUUCAAGCUAUGCCUCCACACAGAGCGGGAUGGGGUGGGGUGGGGACACAGCCAUCACAGUGAAGUUGAAAGGAGUUCCAGGAUGACCUCUGCAGUAGCCAGCGAUCAGAGUGCUCAUAGCUCAGUGGCAGGUCACCUGCUUUGCAUGCAGAAGGUUCCCAGGCCAGUCACCCAGUAAAGGUAAAGGGACCCCUGACCAUUAGGUCCAGUCGUGACCGACUCUGGGGUUGCGGCGCUCAUCUCGCGUUAAUGGCCGAGGGAGCCGGCGUACAGCUUCCGGGUCAUGUGGCCAGCGUGACAAAGCCGCUUCUGGCGAACCAGAGCAGCGCACGGAAACGCCGUUUACCUCCCCGCUGUAGCGGCUCCUAUUUAUCUACUUGCACUUUGACGUGCUUUCGAACUGCUAGGUUGGCAGGAACGCUAGGUUGGCAGGAGCACCCCGUAGCGUUUCCCAAAGGGCUAGGUAAUAGAUGACCGCAGAGCCCCAUUUCUGCGUGAGAGUACUGAGAAGUGGUCUGAUUCAGUUGAAAGCAGCUUCCUCCAUUCCUAAGGCAACAUAUCUAAUCCUAUAUAAUAAUGUGCAAAUGUCUCUGCGUCCAGAUUCCCUGUGUCCCUGUGUCCGCGCUACUGCACAUGUGCCCCACGGACACAGGGAUUGGACGCAGAGACUUGACGCACGCACACACACACACACACACCCUCCCCACACACACCCCACCCCUCUGCCUACCGUUUCCCUCGCAGUCCUCAGAAGAAUCGCGGCCUUCUCCUGGGCGCCCGCUGGCCAGCUGGGCUCAGCGGAGCGCCCCGACGAAGCGGCGGCCGUGGGAGGGGCCAAUCGGCCCCCCCCAUGUGCCGCCGCUGCCAAAAAAAGGCUGAAUGCUCUAGCGCCCGUUUAUUAAACGGGCUGGAUGACACUAGUAUAUGUAUAAAGUACCUGGAGGGUGGCUGGGCCAUUCGUUUUGGGGGGCCCUCUGCCAUGCUGGAGACAAGGCUCUGCGCCAAGCCAUAACCUGCCCACAAACACAUGAUCUCACUCACCAGCUUGGGUACAUUGUCCCUCUCGCUAGCUAAGGUGCCUUGGGCUUGCCUACCGCUGGCAAGGUAAAUUAUCCUUGUAAAAGGUAAAGGUAAAGGGACCCCUGACCAUUAGGUCCAGUCGUGACCGACUCUGGGGUUGUGGCACUCAUCUCGCAUUAUUGGCCGAGGGAGCCGGCGUACAGCUUCCAGGUCAUGUGGCCAGCAUGACAAAGCCGCUUCUGGCGAACCAGAGCAGCGCACGGAAACGCCGUUUACCUUCCCGCUGUAGCGGUUCCUAUUUAUCUACUUGCAUUUUGACCUGCUUUUGAACUGCAAGGUUGGCAAGGAGCUGGGACCAAGCAACGGGAGCUCACCCCGUCACAGGGAUUCGAACCGCCGACCUUCUGAUCAGCAAGCUCUAGGCUCAGUGGUUUAACCCACAGCGCCACCUGGGUCCCCAAAUUACCCUUGUAGACAGGGCUAACUUUCUGAGAAACGGCACACUGCAGAAGUUUUCCUUAGCAUUGUGGUUUCUGCCAGCCUUGGCUGCCCAGGCAGUGCCCAUGUCUGGCCCAAGUCUCUGCAUGGCUUCAGUUGGCUUGAAGCUUCAGUUGGGUUCCCUUGUGGUCCAGAACUGCUGGACCGAAAACUGGGACACUGGAGCAAAAAGUCUGAGAGGCAGCAGAGAUUGGCCUGCCUUGCUCCAGAUUGUGCCAACUCAGUGAACCCUUGUGGUGAUGGACUGUAGCUCAUUGGCAGAGCACGCAGGAGUUUCUGGGUUCAAUCCCUGGGCAGAUCGGCAGAUGGGUGGAGAAAGCUAGUUCUUAGCUUAGUGGACAGAGCACCUGCUUUGCAUGUUAAGCGCACCCCGGUUCAACCCCCGAAAACAUGUCUAAGGUAGGGCUGGGAAGGAAACCCAGGAGAGCUGCUGCCAAUCAGUGCAGACAGCACUGAGCUAGACUGGCACAUGCAUAGCUGCCAAGUACCCCGUUUUCCCCGGGAAACGCCCGUUUUUACUUACCUUUUCCCGGCGGUCCCCCGUAUCACUUUGUCUCCCGUUUUUCUCCGUUAUUUUCUCCUG